AUGUCCAGGCGAAUAACACAUCUGCCAAAACCGAUUGCAAUACCCUGGUUCCCUGUCGGACGACAGAUUACAUAUGCUACUGUAAGACAACUGGAAAAUGAAGCUCAGGUUAAGAAAGAAGUCAGAGAUCUAUCGUACUGGUGUCCGUCUCCAAGCUUCCUGGACACAGUUUAUGCAAUCGAUUUCGCCCGAAAGCGAACGCGGAUGAGUCGUGUGCAUCCAGUGCCGGAAGAUCUCGAACUACCACAUCAGCAAAAGCCCACACUGUGACUACAUUUAAAUAUUGUCAUUCUGACCUUUCCCACCAAAUAUUCCCCGUUUUUAAUACACUACUGCGAGUAGUCUAUCUGAGAUGCGACGACUUUGGAAAGUUUCGGUUUUAUGCUUCUUCCGACCACGUCGGUCCUCAUCCAGUCAUUGAAAUGGUCUUAAAGUAUAGUU